CCGAGGGGGCUGGGCUGGACCCGGGCGUAGAGACCGGCGUCGGCUGCCGCAGCUGCAGCCGCUGCUCCGGCCUGUUCGGGGAGGUCCGCUCCGGCGCCACCUCGGCCAUGAUGAUCCACGGCUUCCAGAGCAGCCACCAGGACUUCUCCUUCGGGCCCUGGAAGCUGACGGCGGCCAAAACGCACAUCAUGAAGUCGGCGGAUGUGGAGAAGUUAGCCGAUGAAUUACAUAUGCCAUCUCUCCCUGAGAUGAUGUUUGGAGACAACGUUUUAAGAAUCCAGCAUGGCUCUGGCUUUGGGAUUGAGUUCAAUGCUACGGAUGCAUUAAGAUGUGUAAACAACUAUCAAGGAAUGCUUAAAGUAGCCUGUGCUGAAGAGUGGCAGGAAAGCAGGACGGAGGGUGAGCACUCCAAGGAGGUUAUUAAGCCGUACGACUGGACGUACACAACAGAUUAUAAGGGAACGUUACUUGGAGAAUCACUUAAGUUAAAGGUGGUGCCUACAACAGAUCAUAUAGAUACGGAGAAACUGAAAGCCAGAGAACAGAUUAAGUUUUUUGAAGAAGUUCUCCUGUUUGAGGAUGAACUUCACGAUCAUGGAGUUUCAAGCCUGAGUGUGAAAAUUAGAGUAAUGCCUUCUAGCUUUUUCCUGCUGUUGCGAUUUUUCUUGAGAAUCGAUGGAGUGCUGAUCAGAAUGAAUGACACCAGACUUUACCAUGAGGCGGACAAGCCCUACCUGUUACGAGAGUACACAUCCCGGGAGAGCAAAAUCGCUAAUUUAAUGCAUGUUUCACCUUCUCUCUUCACGGAACCCAACGAAAUAUCACAGUAUUUACCGAUAAAGGAGGCAGUUUGCGAGAAGCUGCUGUUUCCAGAGAGGAUUGACCCUAAGCCUGCAGACUCACAAGAAGGCACCCCUGUGGAAUAGAGGGUGCCAUGGCGUCUGCUCACCAUGGGAUCUGACUGGAGACCCUAGCUGUUUGGAGGGGGUAUUUUUAUUAUGAGAAUUAAUUGCCUUGUCUAUGUGCAGAUUUUCUGUAGCCUUAAAGGAGAAACAAAAAUAAAUAAAGGAUUGUUGCAGGCAGGUUCCACUCCACUGCUGUUCGUAUUGUCUAUCCUCAGAGUAGUAGUCCAGAUUUAGAUUUCCCGGAGCCAAAUUCGGAUUUCUGAUUGUUACAAGGUGGGACUGCACUAGUAGCAGCGUGUGUCUGUCCCGUGAGCAGUGAGCACAAUCUGCGUCCGUCGUGACCCUGUCUUCUCCCGGGAGGAAGUGAGUGGGAAGCACGGAACCGCGGCCCCUUGUGACUUUCACAGGAUUCCUGACCGGGCGCGUUGAUGUACUAGCUCUUUUCUUUGGGCUCUUUGACGUUUAUUCGUACUUCUGGAGAGCCGUGAAUUGCCGUUUAGGAAGUUGAUGUCAUACUUUAAUGAUUUUUACCCACAAAUUUAAAAAAAUAUAUCUCCCCUCUAAAUUUAAAUUGGCUUUUGGAGUCCUAGAGAAGAUUUCAGACACAGAACUGAGUCGCCGAGGGUUUUGGCGAACCGAGGGUAUUCCGGCCGUGGAAACACCUGAGGUGGCUUGCCCCCUCCAGGCAGGCUGCCAGAACUGUCCUUCCUCCAUCCUUAGGUGCUUUUUCUUAUGUGUGGUUCUACUUGUACUGACGUUUUUUACUUCAUUUUCCAUGCAACCUUGGAAUGAAAAAAUCCAUAGAAUAUUGAAUUUGUAUUACUGUCGAGCUAACUUGUUAGCUAAAUGUUGUCACGAGUGAUUUCGGCAUUUGUUUGCCUUCUGCAUCACCUGCAAGGCAUAGGAAAUCAGGAUUUUGUUGGCUUUAAGAAAAUACAUCGCAUAUUCACUGUAUAUUAAAUAUACCUGUAUUUAAUGUUUUCUCUUAGGACAGAAAAGUGUAUAUAUUGUACUCAGCUUUCUGUUGUAUUUUAUUUGCCAUGCAGAUUUGAACAGAAUAAAUCUCUUUAUUCAUACGAGAUGUAAGAAAUGAAAACUCAAUAUUCAGUAGUUGAAGUUUUGGGGCAACGUCCUUAUAUAUACAUGCUAACCUUGAAUCAGACGUCUUAGACUCUGUCAGGGUUAGAUCACUUAUUUUGAGGCCCCAUUGUUAAAAAUUGUGAGGAAUUGAAAGAAUUGGCCUUUGUGGGGUUUUUUGUUUUGUUUUGUUUUGUAUUAUAGAAGGUGGGAAGCUGAUGGGAUGAGGGCACUUCUGGAAGCUCCUUUAGUUCCUUCCUGUGGACAAUACGCAGAAAACCUGUAUUUGCCCGUUGCUAAAUAAGACAUAUACCAUUUUAUAUUUAUUUGUUCCAAGUGUUUUUUGUAAGAAAAGAAUAAACAGUAAGGAAUUCCUGA